AACACGUCAAUUGGCGACAUCUCGAUUCAUGAGGGGAAGCGCGCUCGGGAGCCAUCUCCGCGCGUCUAGCUGCUUCCUGGCGCGCAUACAGCGACAUCCGGCGCACAAUCUGCGUGCAGGCGUGCUCCCUGCGAUCCGUACUGGGUAAGGUCGGCUCACCUUCUCCUUCAAAAAGUUGCAGUAUGCGAAGAUUCCACACAUGACGCCUAUCUAGAUGGAUGGACACUGCAGGGCUGCAGAAUCAGCAUUGUGGUGGUCACGCGUCGCAGCUCGCUGGCACUCACGACGGGGAGAAGGACGGCGACGACGGGGACGAAGAUGAAGGAACGAGGAGGAAGGAAAUGGAGAAGGACAAGACGCGUCGCGACUGUGCAUAUAAGGACUUCCCGAACAAACAAACAAACAUGAUUGCGUACCGCCACUCGCUCGGUCACUACGGCCUCGGCCUGUGCCUGGCGACCCUCUCCUCCCGCUGCAUGCGAGCGCAUCGCCCCAGCACAGACUCCAACACCACAACACGCGCCAGCAUUACCUCCCCGACGUCGCGCGCGGCUCCUAAAUCCUUACGUCUGCGGGGAAAACCCACCGCGAAGGGGUCGUUAUCGAGUCAACACCGAGCCCCCUGCGCGUCUGCAUCUGUCUCCCGAGUCUUCUCGAAUUCCAUCCGGGCUAUCUACUUCCAUCAGAAAGCAUCGACGCUCAGCAUUCGCUGCUAUGUUGCCUCCGACCGCUGUGAACUGUCCAGUGCAUCACCGUUUCACGGCGUUCAUCGUCUCCUCGGGCUCGGACUGUAUGAAUCAGACCUGCGCCACCACGUCGGGGACGAGGCUGAGCGCGUCAACGUCUUCUACGAAGUCUUGUAUGCAUUCAUCCGCUCGGACAUCCUCGUCACUUCUCUCCGCCGAGGUCGUUUCGACGCGGUUCCGCACAGCAUCAUCCCGAAAUCGCAAGGAUGCGAAGUCCGAACAGGUCCAAGCGCGUUUUCAGCAGGACGUUUGACACCCUGGCCAUCUAUGGCACCAAGCCGUAUGCACUUCUUGCACUUCUCGCUAUAUGUAAGUGCUUGGGAGCUCCUCGGCCUCCUUGUGAGGAGGUACUACAAUUACUGUACGAGGACGAGAACUGGGAAGUAACCAGGAUCGGAUCGACUGAACUUCGCUCGGCACUUUGAGUCCUGAUUCUCCUUCCUAGACUCCAU